AAGCUCGGCGCCGCUGAGGUGAAAGCUCGGCGCCGCUGAGGUGAAUGUUUGCUGCUGCCGUUCUCGCCCCUUCGCGGCCUUCAAGAUAAAUGGACUAUAAGAAAAUUGUGGAUGAAGUUUCAGAAAAAAUUUUAUCAUACAGUCAAGAUACUUCAGGAUGGAGAGUGAUAAAAGUUUCAAAAAAUGUUACAGUUUCUUCAAAGCCUUCAAAAGAGUAUGCAGGAAAUAUAUACCGGGGAGAAGGGAUAAUUAAGGAAGUCCCUAGUAAAAUUAUUCCUUUUAUGUAUCUUCCUGAAUAUCGAAACAAAUGGGACAAAGCAUUGCAAUCUUACAAGCUGUUAGAAAGGAUUGACCAGGACACUGGUAUAUACCACAGUGUAACACACAGUUACGGUAUGGGACUGAUCUCCUCAAGAGAUUUUGUUGACCUGCUGCAUGUUAAACCAUACCCUGGUGAUAUCCUUACAACUAACUCUGUCAGCGUGGAAUAUUCCAGCUGCCCUCCAACUCCCUCUUGUGUCCGAGGCUACAAUAAUCCCUGUGGAUACGUGUGUUCCCCUUUGCCUGAGAAUCCGCAGCAUUCAAAGCUGGUUGUAUUUAUUCAGCCAGAACUAGGAGGAAUGCUCCCAGGUUCUGUAGUGGAGACGGCAUUACCUACUACUCUCGUAAACUUAAUCACUGAAACCAGAGCUGGACUGAAAGACUUGAAAGAGCAUAAUUAAAUGUAGUUCAUAAAAAGUCUUCGCAUCGACAUUAGGAGGAAAUACAAAUCCUGCUUGCCUGCUGGAAGUUUUAUCCUCAGAAGUUGUUUCAAAGGCCUGCUUACCUUUAUCCAAGG